GAAGGAGCGCGAGCUGCCGCUGCGGUCCGAGCGGGGCGUGCCGAGCCCCCGCGGCCACCCCGCGUCCCGGCCAUGAGGAGGGACGAGCGAGACGCCAAAGCCAUGCGGUACCCGCAGCCGCCGGACGGAGCCGGCUCGCCCCUCGAGAGUCUGAGGAACGGCUACGUGAAGGGCUCCGUGAGCCCCCUGCGGCAGGACCCCCCGCGCGGCUUCUUCUUCCACCUCUGCCGCUUCUGCAACGUGGAGCUGUUGCUGCCGCCGCCGCCGCCGCCGCCGCCAGCCUCCCCCCAGCAGCCGCGGCGCGGCUCUCCCUUCUCCCGGGCGCGCCUCUCGCUGGGCGCCCUGGCCGCCUUUGUCCUCGCCCUGCUGCUCGGCUCGGGGCCCGAGCGCUGGGCUGUCGGGGCUGCCCGGCUGCGGACCCUGCUGAGCGUCUGCUCGCACAGCCUCAGCCCCCUCUUCAGCAUCGCCUGUGCCUUCUUCUUCCUCACCUGCUUCCUGACCCGGACCAAGCGGGACCCCGGGCCGGGCCGGAGCGGCGGCGGCUCCUGGUGGCUGCUGGCGCUGCCCGCCUGCUGUUACCUGGGGGACUUCUUGGUGGGGCAGUGGGGGUCUUGGUCUUGGGGGGACGGAGACGACGGGGCCCGGGCUCCGCACACGCCCCCGGCGGUGGCCGGCAGGCUGUUCUUGGUGCUGAGCUGCGUGGGCUUGCUGACGCUCGCGGAGCCGGGGAGGCUCCGGCACAGCAUCCUGGUGCUGUUCUUCUCCGGCUUCGUCUGGUGGGUGUCCUUCGCCAGCCUCGGGGCGCUGCCUCCAGCCCUCCGGCCGCUGCUGUCCUGCCUGGUGGGGGGCGUCGGCUGCCUGCUGGCCCUGGGGCUGGAUCACUUCUUCCAAAUCAGGGAGGCUCCCCAUCAUCCUCGGUUGUCCAGUACCGCGGAGGAAAAAGUGCCUGUGAUCAGACCCCGGAGGAGGUCCAGCUGCGUGUCGUUCGGAGAAACUUCAGCCAGUUACUAUGGCAGUUGCAAAAUGUUCAGGAGACCUUCACUGCCUUGCAUUUCGAGAGAACAGAUGAUUCUUUGGGAUUGGGACUUAAAGCAGUGGUAUAAACCUCACUAUCAGAAUUCUGGAGGUGGAAGUGGAGUUGAUCUUUCGGUGCUAAAUGAGGCUCGUAAUAUGGUGUCAGAUCUUCUGGUUGACCCAACUCUUCCCCCGCAAGUCAUUUCUUCCCUCCGGAGUAUCAGUAGCUUGAUGGGUGCUUUCUCUGGCUCCUGUAGGCCAAAGAUUAAUCCUCUCACACCAUUUCCUGGAUUUUAUCCCUGCUCUGAAAUAGAGGACCCAGCCGAGAAAGGAGAUAGAAAACUUCACAAGGGGCUAAACAGUAGGAAUAGUUUAUCAACCCCACAGCUGAGGAGGAGCUCGGGAACCUCAGGUCUGCCACCUAUUGACCAGACUUCUCCAAGGUGGGAACGCAAUAACGGCAAAAGGCCUCACCAAGAAUUUGGCAUUUUAAGUCAAGGAUGCUAUCUAAAUGGACCUUUUAGUUCAAAUCUACUGACAAUCCCGAAGCAAAGGUCAUCUUCUGUAUCGUUAACUCACCAUAUAGGUCUAAGAAGAGCUGGUGCUUUACCCGGCCUGAAUUCUCCCAGUCAUGGACCAAUGUCUGCUGGCUCUCCAACUAACCGAUCGCCUAUAGAAUUUCCUGACACUGCUGAUUUUCUUACUAAGCCAAGUGUUAUUUUACACAGAUCUCUGAGCAAUGCACCCAAUUCACCAGAUUUUUAUCAGCAACUUAGAAAUUCUGAUAGCAAUUUAUGUAACAGCUGUGGACAUCAAAUAUUGAAAUAUGCUUCAGCAUCUGAACCAGAGUCUGGUACAGACUGCCACAGGGAAAAGUCAGGUGAUGAAGACAAUACCGUUUUCUCAAAAGCAUCAUUCAACCUUACGGAAGCUCAACAAGAAGUGGAAACAGAGAACAGAGACUGCAGAAAAUUACUUUGGGAAGGUGAUAAUCACCUAAAAGAAGAGGCACAGAAUGAAGAGCAACCAAAUAUUGAACAAGAAGCAUCACGGGACCUGAUUUUAAUAGAAGAUUAUGACUCAUUAAUAGAAAAUAUGAGUAACUGGAAUUUUCAAAUUUUUGAACUUGUAGAAAAGAUGGGAGAGAAAUCAGGAAGGAUCCUCAGUCAGGUUAUGUAUACCCUAUUUCAAGACACUGGCUUAUUGGAGAUAUUUAAAAUUCCUACUCUACAAUUCAUGAACUACUUUCGUGCAUUAGAAAAUGGUUAUCGAGACAUUCCUUAUCACAAUCGUAUACAUGCCACAGAUGUCCUGCAUGCUGUUUGGUAUCUCACAACACGGCCAAUUCCUGGCUUACAGCAGAUCCACAAUGAUCAUGGAGCGGGAAAUGAAACAGAUUCUAACAGUAGAAUUAACCCUGGGCGAAUUGCUUACAUUUCUUCGAGGAGUUGCUCUAUUCCAGAUGAGAGCUAUGGCUGCCUAUCUUCAAACAUUCCUGCAUUGGAAUUGAUGGCUCUGUAUGUGGCAGCUGCCAUGCAUGAUUACGACCACCCAGGGCGGACAAAUGCAUUUCUAGUGGCUACAAAUGCCCCUCAGGCAGUUUUGUACAACGACAGAUCUGUUCUGGAAAAUCAUCAUGCUGCAUCAGCCUGGAAUCUGUAUCUUUCUCGUCCAGAAUACAACUUCCUUCUUAAUCUUGAUAAUGUGCAAUUCAAGCGCUUUCGUUUUUUAGUCAUUGAAGCAAUCCUUGCCACAGAUCUUAAAAAGCAUUUUGAUUUCCUUGCUGAAUUCAAUGCCAAGGCCAAUGAUGUAAACAGUAAUGGUAUAGAAUGGAGUAAUGAAAAUGAUCGCCUGUUAGUAUGCCAGGUGUGCAUCAAACUGGCAGAUAUAAAUGGCCCAACAAAAGUUCGAGACUUGCAUUUGAAAUGGACAGAAGGCAUUGUCAAUGAAUUUUACGAGCAGGGAGAUGAAGAAGCAAAUCUUGGUUUGCCCGUCAGUCCCUUCAUGGAUCGUUCUUCUCCUCAACUAGCAAAACUCCAGGAAUCUUUUAUCACUCACAUAGUGGGUCCCCUGUGUAACUCCUAUGAUGCUGCUGGUUUGCUACCGGGUCAGUGGAUAGAAGCAGAAGAGGAUGAUGAUACUGAAAGUUGUUAUGAUGAAGAAGAUGGUGAAGAAUUAGAUACAGAGGAUGAAGAAAUAGAAGACAACCUAAAUCCUAAACCACAAAGAAGGAAAGGCAGACGGCGAAUAUUUUGUCAGCUAAUGCACCAUCUCACCGAAAACCACAAGAUAUGGAAGGAAAUCAUAGAGGAAGAAGAGAAAUGUAAAGCUGAUGGGAAUAAACUGCAGGUGGAGAAUUCUGCCUUACCUCAAGGAGAUGAGAUUCAGGUCAUUGAAGAAGCAGAUGAAGAGGAAGAGAGACAGUUGGAAUAAAAGAAAAGGCAUAUUGAAGAAGCCCCGAGGGCCGGCCAUGCUCAGUGUCGAUGUCAUUGCCUAGUGCUCACCACGCUGACUUGGAAGUGACUGCACCCAGGUGGACAGGCCCUAACACUGUGAGAGGAUCCCUGCUGUGCCGGCAGUUUCCCACUCCCAUGCACUUUCACCACACGGACUAAAAGUAUCCUUAGAGCUUGGUUUCAGUUGACUUGUGUUGCCAAGCCCUUACUUAAUGCCUUUACUGGUGUAUAAAUAUUAAUACUUUGUCAUAAUACUGCUUUGCUGGCUAGAAGACUCUUAUUUUUCAUGAGGGGGGAGCUAUAACUAAAAACUCAAGUGACUCACUUUAGUUUCCUAAGUGGCCAGAACUUUUUCCUUUCUUGAAGACAGGAUUAAAAAACAGCAACAACAACAACAACAACAAAAAACGGGAAUUCCCUGGCGGUCCAGUGGUUAGGACUCGGAACUUUCACUGCCAUGAAUCCCUGGUAGAGUUCAAUUCCUCGUCAGGGAACUAAGAUCCUGCAAGCCGAGCAGCGCAGCUGAAAAAAAAACCCAAAACAAAAAACAAAAAACCCCACCAAAAAACAGGAUUCAUAUUGUACUUCCAAAUGUGUCUUUUAUGUCUUUGAAUGUUUGGGGGGGAAAAGUCUGUGCCUAUCUAAAAAAAAGAAAUCCAGCGUGGCCUUUCUGAGGGAUCUGUUCAAUGCAGUAUACUGUUCAGUGCUGUUCUCCAGCGAGGUUUAUCCAUGAAGGACUGAGUAACCUUUGUUAUAUUUAACAAAAUCCAGGUGCAUCAAUUUUUGAUGCUUUUUACUGUUUUUUUUUUUUAAUCUACUAUGUGUGUGUUCUUUCUGCUCAGAGCUUUCAGGUUUGC